AUGGAAAUGAACAUUGUAGAAAGAGAAGAAAAGAUCUUGUUGCAUAACCUUAACACAAGAUUUAAAGGUUUUUGGCUAAAAAGGCAAGACUUCACAGACUCUUUUAAAAAGUUGCAUCCAACAGAAAGGACAUAUACAUGGUCAAAUCAAGAAGCAGCAACAAGAAUUGAUUAUAUUUGGUUGUCAGAAACAAUUGCAGCUAGUUUUCAAGAAGCCAAUAUAGAAGAAGCAGAAGGUAUAACAAGUAGUGACCACAAGAUAGUUACAACA